AUGCUAUUGACUUAUCUAUACCUUCACUUGAAUUUCAUCAAUUGUGAGAAUGUGGGACACUCAGGACCCAUCUCUCAGCUCACCAGGAACUCUGGGCUCCGUUUAGACUCCCUGCCCUGCCCUGCAGCCUGGAAACUCUCUCCAGACUGUGAGCUGGGCCACAGGAAUCAUACACUCAUUACAAACUCAGACAAACAGAGUACCUCACACCUGUCUGGGCAGGUGGUACAUUUUGACGAGCACCAUGGAGCUCCAGUGGAGAAGGAAAUGGCAGCCCACUCCAGUACUCUUGCCUGGAAAAUCCCAGGGACAAAGGAGCCUGGUAGGCUACAGUCCAUGGGGUUGCAAAGAAUCAGACACAACUGA